AUGUCUUCCGACAUUUUAAAUUCUGGAUUAAUGCAAAGUUAUUUUUUGUAUUCAGCUUUAUUAGCUCUAAAAUUGCUUGCUUUUAUACCAUUAUCAUCAUUAGUUUGUCGUCCAGAUAAAAUGCAACGAGCGAAUAUCAGUGACCUGAAGAAUUUGACACCAUUUUGGUUAGUUGCAGCCCUUUAUGUGACAACUUCUCCUGAUGAAGAAACAGCUUUAAUGCUUUUUAGAACAUAUGUGCUGUCAAGAUUAGUAACAGCUCUUGGAUAUAUAGUGAAGUUACCCAAGGUACUUGUUGAAGGCGCUUUUUUUCUGUCCUUCUCAAUAACAGCAUUUAUGGGAGGUUGGGUCGUUUAUACAUAUAGAUCUGCAAUAUGA